GUCCUAGCUACUGUUCAGGGGAAGAGCGAGCACUUCUAUGCUCAAUGUAAGCUAGUCAUUUCACGAGAUCCAGCUUUUUUCUAGGCUAUCGAAUUCUAACACUACAUUAAAAUGUAGAUGACUCAAUAUCGGGGUGGCCAAUCCCCAAAAGAUAACGCAAAUGCACAUGUACAAUACCGCGACCGCGGCGACAAGUUUCGGCGGGAGUAUCAAAAACCCAAUGCAAGUGCGGGCGUGUUAAACGGAUUGAGUACGUAUAGGGAUGGGAAGCUAUAUAAAAUCUUGCGAGAAAGCAGAAUAUCUCAUACCAACAAUAAAGAUACUUACUUUAUCCCUUUCGACAAGCUUGAAUUGGCCAGGAAUCCUGGGCUUGUUGAACAAGCUCUUCGAGAAGGUGAAGCUUCUCGAGACGAAAUCUCAAAAUGGGUGGCUAAAAUUUGUACGAAUCAACCCGAAGGAAGUGAAAGUUUCUUCUUUCGGACCUUUGCCAUCCUGGUACUAUGCGAGAACGCUAGGUGCAUCGGUAGGUUUAUUGACCGGAAUAUCGACGACUCUUAUCUCCCUUUACCAACGGUAGAGCGAAAUGAAAACGGGAUAGCAAUUUUACGAAAAAACAAUGGCCGUGAAAUUAGUGAAGAGACCUUGAAAUACCUCUUCCAAGACCGGAGAGAGUGGAAGCAAGGAAACUUGGACAAUUUCGCUACCUACCAAUGGUGGGCUAUUGCCCCCUUCUUUUACCGGCCGGACAAUAUUAUUCCUCACUAUGUCCUAGAAGCCUCAGACGUCUUGCCAUUUACGGAGAAAAAGAAUCAUCUUGAGGUUGAGGUGGAGUCACUGGACGCGGAAGUUAAACAGGCCGUUUUACAAGGGGGAUUCGGCGAUGUUUUCAUAGUGAAAGUACAUCCGUCGCAUUACUACUUUCGCAACCAGCCCUAUAGCGAUAAUUCACACUCAUUCGCUCUUAAGCGCCUGAAAUCGUUAAAUGAUAAAGAUUUUCAAUUGGAGGUCGAUGCUCUAAGCAAAUACAACUACGGCAUUGACAAACACCUGAUCCCACUACUGGCUACGAUCGAGAAAGAGAGUGAAGCGGGAAAAUACUACUUACUAUUCCCAAAGGCAAAUGGUGAUCUUAGGUUUUUCUGGAAAACCCAGUUCAACAAGAAUCCAAAUAGAGUAUCUACAGAGGUACGCUGGAUGGCUGAACAGUGCCUUGGAAUUGCGAAUGCACUUUCGACGCUACAUAAAGACCAAGACGCAGGUAAUGGGGACGACUAUCCCAUAUAUGGACGCCAUGGUGAUAUAAAAGCUGGCAAUAUUCUUUGGUUUUCCAAGCCGGGUACCUCAGAUCCUUCAGGAUGGUGUUUAGUUCUCUCCGACUUUGGAUUGAUGAGAUUUCACCGCGCUAUAUCGAUCUCAGCGCAGACCGCCAAUAAGCUUAAAAAAACCUUAACAUAUCAGGCCCCCGAGUUCGAUAUUGCAGGCGCAAAGAUAUCCAGGAAAUCGGAUAUAUGGGCUCUGGGAUGUACAUAUUUGGAAUUUAUCACAUGCUACCUUUCGGGAUAUGAGGCGGUGGAAGAGGAAUUCCCGAGUUGCCGAGGAGAAGAGGAUAGAAAUCUUCCAGGAGUCAGUGAAGACAAAUUUUACCGAACAACCGCCGAUGGAAAGUCGGCUGAGCUGAAGCCUGGUGUUCAGAAUUGGAUCUCCGACCUUCGCAGUAACCCAAAGUGCACCCAGUACUUUCAGGAGUUUCUUGACUUGAUUGAGAAAGGCAUGCUACGUAUCGAGCGAGAAAGGCGCCUGCCAGCAGCUGAUGUUGCCAAGAACCUAGAGAGUCUCCUCAAGAAGUGUCAGAGGGAGAGUUAUAUCAUCGAGAAGCAUGCCCCGCGAGUGACGAGGAGACAGUGAGAACGUCUCGCCAUCUAUAAUGGUGGCCGUGGUCCCUAUAUAUAUUAUUUGUUCUCACAAAAUACAACUAUUAGAA